AUGAUCGCCAACCCCAACCCAAACCUGCCAAAGCGUUUGCAGUGGUACAUAGUGCUAGCAGCGCUGACAUGCGUCAGUGCUAGUCCAAGCACUGUCGAGCCAAAGACCAUUUUUGCUGGUUCUGCUGCUCUGAAACAACCACUUGGUGUCGUCGGCCAAAGCGAUGCGCGAGUGAAGCGGUAUUUGAGAAAAAACUCGGAUGCGACGGAGAGCAUGGACGACGAGAACGAAGACAGAGGUGGCAACUUAGGCUCCGCCGUAGACCAAGGUUUAGCAGGCGCCAUCGACUCGGUCGAGGGUGGUGUCACCUCUGGAGUAUCCGCCGCCAUAGACCAAGGUUUACCAGCAAAGGUUGGCGAAGCUGGAAAAUCUGAUGUCAUUCCUGGAGAUUCCGGCACAAACCACAAUCCAGCAGCAAAGGUCGAAGAAUCGAUCGAGGCUGGUGUCAUCCCUAGCGUUCCAGCCAAAGUUCACGAUCCAGCAGCAACGGUCGGUAAAGCGGUCGAGAAGACGGUUAACUCAGGGGCUCGCGUCAUUCACAAACAUUUAAGAAACAGGUUUAAGAUUUUAAUGGGUGACCAGAUCGAAUUUUACAAAAAGGAGGGAAACCUGUUCAAGAGUGACCAAUAUACGACGUGGUCUAAACUUGUGGAUAAAUUGUCCAAACUGAAAUCAGUGGGAGGAGCCGAUUGGGCUGAAGAAACUAAGGUUUCAACGCUUCUAAGUAUAUACGGGGAGGACGAUGUGAUAAGCAUGCUAGCGGCCGGAAGAAAAGAUUCAGAUACGAAAAAGAUUACCGACAAAUUGGAAAUCGUUCUGCUGAGCAAGUGGGUUUCAGAUGGUAAGGAGGGCAAAAUCAUGGACCUGCUAACUAUUGGCAGAGAUGAGAGUGAAGUUUUACUAGGUACCUCUUUGGACAUAUGGUUUCAUCAAUUGAGAGAGAUGAAGGAAAACCCAUACGAGGAGUUUGUCACGCAAUUUACGAAGCGCUACAAUGACAAAAAGCUAGUAGAACUGCUUGUUGUGGCGAAAGCUAAUAAGAAGACCAGGAGUAAGGCAAAUAGAUUGGCGAAGCAUCAGCUGAAGAUCUGGCAGGAGAGAGGCAUAGACGUGAUCCGCAGCUAUGAGCUCCUUGAACUCAACAAAGAACAUCCAGAUACGCUUUUGAGAAAUCCGAUGCUGAGCACGUGGAUCAAUUACGUUGAAAUGCUUGGACCGGAUCCAUAUGAAGUGUUAAUUUUGGCGAUGAGGAAGCAAGUGGGUGACAAAAAGCUAGACUCGAUUCUUGCUGCGGGUGGCAAUAAGCUAGAUUCGAUUCUUGCUGCGGCAAAGGUCGAUGACACUAAUGCGAGGAUUCGGCGGACCCUGCUACAUAUGCAAGAGAAGCAUCAAUCUUGGGUGCGCCUACAGGAGUAUCCACAGGCGAAGAAGUGGAGGAAGAAUGGGAAAAGUGUCGGUGAUGUACUUGAUCUUCUGAAGGUCCAACAUAACGGCGAAGAGAUGCUUGGAACUAAAGAUUGGGACGCGUGGGUUGCGUAUGUAACUUUCUUGGAAAAGCAAAAACAACCAAAAGAUCAAAGUGAGACCGCAACGGUUAUAUAUGCAGUGCUGAAGAAUCGAUUUAGCAGUGAAGGUCUAGCCAAGUUGGUCGCCACAGCCAAAACUGUCGAGAGUACCAAGGAAAUUGCCGGAAAAUGGGAGCGUAGCGAGUGGCAUAUUGCACAACGAACUUCGGACGACGUUUUCAAUUUUCUGGAACUAAAGAAGAAGGGAGAUGCGAUAUUUGAGAGUCCGGAAUUCGAAUCUUGGGCCUUAUAUGUCAUAGAAUUGAACAGUGUCAGAAGCCGCAAAGACGACGUUGAGCUUGCUUAUCAGCUGUACAGACACUACGGUCCCGAUGUGGAAAGAAUGCUCAAGCAAUCAGAAAUGAUGGCCAGUGAGAAAAACGACGAAUUCACGAAGGCGAUCGCCAUGAUGCUGCUGGAAGUAUUUGAGAGGAAGAAAGGACUCAAGGAGAAGGGACUCGUGGGUAGAAGAUUGUGA